AUGGAUAUGCCUUUAGGCCAAGACAUGCCUAUGUCAAAUUGCACAAACAUGAUGAUGAAGAUGCAGAUGAGCUUCUACUGGGGCAAAGAUGCCAUAGUGCUGUUCUCUGGGUGGCCUAAACACAGUGUUGGCAUGUACAUCUUUGCUAUAAUUUUUGUGUUCUUCCUAGCUUUGGUUAGUGAAGUUUUAUCUAACCAACCACUCAUCAAACGUGGCACUAGUCCCCUUAUGGGGGGGCUGAUUCAAGCAAUUGUGUACUUAUUUCGCAUCAGUUUCACUUAUUUGGUGAUGCUUGCAGUUAUGUCCUUCAACGUGGGAAUCUUCAUAGCUGCUGUGGUUGGACAUUCCUUGGGUUUCUUCAUUGCCAAGACUCGUGCUCUUGCCAUUGCCAAUAGUGAUGAUAAAAGGUCUUCCUCCAUUAGAAACAAUGUUUGA